UAUCGAAUCCUAAAGAGAGUAACAGAGCCUCUCUCUUCUCUCUCUCCCUGAGUAAUCAUAUAAAGUUUUUUCCAGAGAAGUCGCUCGAACUUCGGAAACGUGGAAUUUCUGUGAUGACACCUCCCCAUUCCUAACUACCAAGUCCUCCACUCUCUGUCGUACUCUGUGUCUCUCACUCGGAUCUGACGAACGCCUAAUAACAAGCACAGCACCAUAACCGUUCUCGGUUUCUCUCUUUUAGACUACACACUCCCAACUCAACAGAAUGUGGAGGCUUACCAUUUAAUCUUCUCUCGCUUUUCCUCUUUCGUUCCGUGUAUGUUUUUGUGUAUAGACGAACAGAAAUCAACAUAUUCACGCGCGCGCACACACAUACAUAGCUAUAGAUCGGCGCAUGCUCAUUGUAGCGUUGAGAAUUGAGAAGGCGUUUGGAGAUGGCGGGAAACGACUGGAUAAACAGCUACCUGGAGGCGAUCCUGGACGUCGGGCCGGGGCUCGACGACGCCAAGAAAUCGUCGCUGUUGCUCCGAGAGAGAGGUCAUUUCAGCCCCACCCGCUACUUUGUGGAGGAGGUUAUCACCGGCUUCGAUGAGACCGAUCUCCACCGCUCAUGGCUUCGAGCUGCGGCGACGAGGAGUCCGCAGGAGAGGAACACGAGAUUGGAGAACAUGUGCUGGCGGAUUUGGAAUUUGGUUCGCAAGAAGAAGCAGCUAGAGGGAGAGGAAGCUCAGCAUACAGCUAAACGCCGUCUCGAACGAGAAAGAGGCCGCAGAGAGGCAACAGCUGAUAUGUCAGAAGACUUGUCAGAGGGAGAAAAAGGAGAUGUGAUUGGUGAUAUUUCGACUCAUGUCGAUAGCACUAGAGGAAGAAUGCCCAGAAUCAGUUCUGUUGAUGUGAUGGAGAACUGGGCCAGCCAGCACAAGGAGAAGAAACUCUACAUUGUGUUAAUUAGCCUUCAUGGCCUGAUACGUGGUGAAAACAUGGAGCUUGGUCGUGAUUCUGAUACAGGGGGCCAGGUUAAGUACGUGGUAGAACUUGCCAGGGCCUUAGGUACGAUGCCAGGUGUUUAUCGGGUGGACUUGCUGACGAGACAAAUAUCUGCUCCGGAUGUAGACUGGAGUUAUGGAGAACCGACUGAAAUGCUGAAUACAAGAAGCUCUGAAAAUUCAAUGCAGGAGCUUGAGGAAAGUGGCGGGGCAUAUAUAAUCCGUAUACCGUUUGGCCCAAAAGAUAAAUAUAUUCCUAAAGAACUCCUUUGGCCCUACAUUCCUGAAUUUGUUGAUGGCGCACUCCGCCACAUUAUACAGAUGUCCAAAGUUCUGGGUGAGCAAAUUGGCAGUGGCCAACCUGCCUGGCCUGUUGCAAUCCAUGGACAUUAUGCAGAUGCAGGUGACUCUGCUGCUCUCUUGUCUGGAGCUUUAAAUGUACCUAUGCUUUUUACUGGCCAUUCACUAGGACGAGAUAAGCUUGAACAAAAUUUAAAGCAAGGACGGCAAUCAAGAGAAGAGAUAAAUGCGACAUACAAAAUAAUGCGGAGGAUCGAAGGUGAGGAGCUGUCUCUUGAUGCCUCUGAAAUUGUUAUAACCAGCACUAGACAGGAGAUUGAAGAGCAAUGGCGCCUGUACGAUGGUUUUGAUCCAAUACUAGAACGCAAAUUGAGAGCGAGGAUAAAAAGGGGUGUGAACUGUUAUGGCAGGUUUAUGCCUCGGAUGGUUGUGAUUCCUCCUGGAAUGGAAUUUCACCACAUUGUUCCACAUGAUGGUGAUAUGGACGGGGAUGUGGAAAGAAAUGAAGACCAUUCUGCUUCUUCUGACCCACCAAUUUGGUCUGAGAUUAUGCGUUUCUUUUCCAAUCCACGCAAGCCAAUGAUACUUGCCCUUGCCAGAGCAGACCCUAAAAAGAAUAUUACAACCUUAGUCAAAGCAUUUGGAGAAUGCCGCCCACUGAGGGAGCUUGCUAACCUUACAUUAAUAAUGGGAAAUCGUGACGAUAUUGAUGAAAUGUCUAGCACAAAUGCAUCUGUGCUUCUUUCAAUUCUUAAGCUGAUCGACAAAUAUGAUCUGUAUGGACAAGUGGCAUAUCCUAAACACCACAAGCAGUCUGAUGUUCCUAACAUCUAUCGUCUAGCAGCAAAAACAAAGGGUGUUUUCAUCAAUCCAGCCUUCAUUGAGCCAUUUGGCCUUACUUUAAUUGAGGCGGCAGCUUAUGGUUUGCCAAUUGUUGCAACCAAAAACGGGGGUCCAGUGGAUAUUCAUAGAGUACUUGACAAUGGUCUACUUGUUGAUCCAAGUGAUCAGCAAGCUAUUGCUGAUGCUCUUCUGAAGCUUGUUUCAGAAAAGCAACUUUGGGCAAGAUGCCGGCAGAAUGGACUGAAAAAUAUUCAUCUUUUUUCAUGGCCAGAGCAUUGUAAGACAUAUUUAUCUCGAAUAGCCAGUUGCAGACCAAGGCAGCCACAAUGGCAAAGAAGUGAUGCGGAAUUUGGAAAUUCAGAAUCAGAUUCACCUGGUGAUUCCUUGAGAGAUAUACAGGAUCUAUCUUUAAACUUGAAGCUUUCAUUGGAUGGGGAGAAAAAUGAUGGGGUUUCCACUCUUGAUAAUAUUUUAGACACUGAAGAGAAUGCUUCUGAUGGCAAGAGUAGACCUGAAAAUGCUGUUUUGGCAUUGUCUAAGGGUGUUAUAGGAGGUACACAAAAGGCUUCGUCAAUGGAGAAAGCAGACAACACCAGUAAAUUUCCAGCAUCGAGGAGGAGGAAGUAUAUUUUUGUAAUUGCCGUGGAUAGCAAUACAACCUCAGAUUUUCAUGAAAUUAUUGGAACAGUUGUUGAGGUGGCAGGGAAGGACUGGGGUGCAGGAUCCAUUGGGUUCAUAUUGUCAACAUCACUGACAAUAUCUGAAGUGCACUCUCUUUUGGUCUCAGGAGGCUUGAGCCCGUCAGAAUUUGAUGCUUUUAUCUGUAACAGUGGCAGUGAGCUCUACUAUCCAUCCUCUAACUCUGAGGACAGUCCUUCUGGUCUUCCCUUUUUGGUAGACUUGGAUUAUCGUUCACACACUGAAUACCGUUGGGGUGGAGAAGGUUUGAGGAAAACUUUGGUCCGUUGGGCUGCUUCUAUCAAUGAUGGAAAGGGAGGAGGAAAUAUUGUUGCAGAAGAUGAAGCAGGAUCUUCUAUGCAUUGUUAUGCUUUUAAAGUGAAAGACCUAUCAUUGAUCCCCCCGGUUAAGGAACUUCAAAAAUUGAUGAGAAUUCAGGCUCUUCGGUGCCAUGUUAUAUAUUGCCAAAAUGGUUCAAAGCUUAAUAUAAUCCCUGUGUUGGCUUCUAGAUCCCAAGCCCUGAGGUAUCUGUUUGUCCGCUGGGGCAUGGACCUAUCAAAUACUGUGGUCUUUGUGGGAGAAUGCGGAGACACGGAUUAUGAAGGAUUGCUCGGUGGUGUCCAUAAAACUGUGAUACUGAAGGGAGCCGGUACAAGUGCUCGUGACCUUCAUGCUAACAGAAGUUAUCCUCUAGAACACGUUGUGCCAUUUGAUAGUCCCAAUAUUGUUCAAGCCGAGGGAUGCAACCGCAACGACAUCAGAGUCUCGUUGCAAAAACUAGGGGUUCGUACGGGGUAGAAGUAGAACCCAUCAUUUGGCACUGAAAUGUUUGGUCUGUCAUAUCAAUGGUCGGGCCGGGCCUUCUUUAUAUCAUCAGCUUCGAACACUACACUCGCCUAAAAAUAAUCUCAAUUUUUACUUCUUUCAAAAGGAGUCUACUCUGUCUUUCUAAAACGACCACCCUUCUUCGGUACCGUUGCCCUUCAAAUUUCCUUCUUGCCUAGCUUUGGUACCAAUUGGGGUCAUAUAUUAAUAAGCAUCUGCUGGCAGCAUGAUCCUGGUUUUUUUUAUUCAUAAUUCUGCUUUUCGGCUUCCCCCGUCGAAGUUCUGCUUAUCAUAUAAGUUGCACAAGGACAAAGGUGGGCUUUGUUCGGUUUGUCUGCUGUAGUUAAAUUCUCCUUUCUUGUUUUGUUAUACGCCAGCGGAGCAUAAAACACGGAUUACGGGUAUACAAAAGUUUUGGUGUCUUUUUUUUUUUUUAACGAAUAAUUUCUCUUCGCAUCUGAGUGAUUACCUUUUAUGUAUGUCUUGAACGUGAAUGUGAUCCAAGUGCUUUGGUAUGUCUUUUUCCUUUUUCUUUUUUUUGUAAUUUGUUCUGAGUAAAGGAUUCCGUGGCUAAUAUCCGCGGUACUAACGGUGACCGGGGAAAUGAGAGGCUAUUUGGACACUUCGUACGACGAUGUAACGUCUAGUCUUUAUUUAUGUUAAUGAUUAUUGGUAUG